AUGGACUCCAUGGAAGAGUUUUAUAACAACCCCUUCAAGAAUAACAGUGAGGUUGACGACAUUUGCUUUGCCCCUUUCUUCUCACAAAUGUCGGAGUCCAUUACUGAACCGACGCCAGUGCAGACAUGUGUGACAACACCUUGCGCUGACGCACAAGCAAGGGCGCCCUCGUGUCAAGAAGCCUCAGAAACUGAGAGUUACAGCCAAACCUCCACGCAGAGGCUUCAGCAUAAACUAAAUGAAACCAUGCGUGCAAGCACGGCCGCGUGUGAUAUGUACACGAACCACAUUGAAACACAGCGGCAGGAGAUUGACCGGUUGGAUGAGGAGAAUAAUGAGCUGCAAAUGAAGGUGGCAUGGCUCGAAUCACAAAUGCGUGCCAUUGGUCUCGAAAAAGACUGUGCUGCCAUGGCGUACAAGCGGGAAGUGGAGAAGAACGCGGCAUUAGAGGCUAAAAUCACAUCACUGAAGAGGGAGUUGAGCUCCAUGGAAGAGCGCGCCCGUCAACUGGCAGCAACAUAUAGCAGAGGUGUGCCACAAUCAACAUAUGACGUGGCACCUUACCAAAACGCACCACCUCAUGAGCACCAACCAAAUAAACAACAGCACACACAACAGCAACUGCAGCAACAGCAAUUGCAUUCAGGCCAUCAUCAGGAAACACCGCGUAUGCAGACACAAAGGCCACCGAGUCAACCGCGUCAGCCGCCGUCUUUAAGUCCAUCUUCUCGAGGUGUUGUUGAGGAUGUGAGGGGUGGCAUUGGCGCUUAUCCCGGGCAGCGGAAAAACGAACAACUGGUGAUUGCUGUUAAAGAUUUAGAGAGCAACCUGCAGCGCGCUUGCCAGCGAAAGGAUGAGUUGGAAAAUCAUUUGAGACGAGUGGAGACAACACGCAUCCGCUCAGGAGCUGAAAGGGCAAAGAAAAUUGCGUUGGAGAGGGAACUUGCGGAUGUGCAGAAGCAAGUGAGUGAUAUCCGAAUGAAACUGCGCUCCUUGUCAGCACUUGAGCGUUAA